CACACACACACACACACACACACACACACACGCACACACAUAACACCCAAGAGUUUUCUGGUCAUCUGUAGCAGAAGGAAAGUAAGAGAUGUGGAACGACAGACCAUAAUUUUCUUGAAUGUGAGACUCAGACAGAGGAACGACACUGCUUAUCGAAAGAACACAGAGGGUAGAUGGUCAGAUUUUCUCAACUGCUGUGAUGAGAAGAGCGGCCAUGAGUCCUCAAACCUGGAUCUUUUGUGCACUAAUUUGUGUCCUCAUAUGUGUCCAAAGCAAGAGCACAUACAAAGGAUCUGUCCUGACUCGAAGACGCAGGGUCACCGAAGAGGAAGCAGAUGAGGCCCCUAAAAAGUGCUCUUAUACCUUUCUGAUCCCAGAGCAGAAGAUCACAGGGCCCAUUUGUGCAAGCCAGAGUCCUUCUCUCCCAGAUAAAGACCGUGUAACACACAUGGACAUGGCUGAUGUUCGGGAACUUCUAACCAAGCAGAGACGUGAAAUGGACACUCUCCGGUUGAUUGUGGACGUGGACGGAAACAUGGUCAAUGAAAUGAAACUUCUGCGCAAAGAGUCACGCAACAUGAACUCCCGUGUUACCCAGCUAUACAUGCAGUUGCUGCAUGAAAUUAUUCGAAAACGUGAUAAUUCAUUAGAGCUGGCACAGCUGGAGGGACGAAUCCUCAAUGCCACAGCCGAGGCAUUGCGACUGUCCGGACACUACAGAGAACUGGAAGUGCGGUACUCUGCACUGGCCGCAGUGGUUAAUAACCAGUCGGUGGCGAUUGGUGCUUUGGAGGAGCAAUGCCUGCAAGUGUAUGGCAAUCAUAGGCAGGAGCCGCUGCCUCCACCUCUCGUACAGGUUGUGCCGGAGAACAUCCCAGUAUAUGUGCCUCGAUUUUCCAAUGAGAUUCAGAGGAGGCACAGCUGGGCCUUUGCAGAAGACAGGAGUUCAAGGACAAGUCCAUCACCUUCGGGAAGCACCCUAACACUGCAACAUCCACCUCAAGGCAACUUCAGUUUAGAAGGUCCCUUUCGGGACUGUUUACAGGCGAUGCAAGCUGGACAUGAUACAAGUGGGCUGUAUCUUUUGAAGCCUGAUGAGACUGAGACUCCUCUACAGGCCUGGUGUGAGCAUGAUGUGGACAGAGGGGGCUGGACGGUCAUCCAGAAAAGGAAAGAUGGUUCUGUCAACUUCUUCAGAAACUGGAAUAGUUAUAAGAAGGGGUUUGGCAGUGUUGAAGGUGAACACUGGUUGGGUCUGGAAAACAUCUACAAUCUGGGCAAACAGGAAGACUACAAGUUACUGGUGGAGCUGGAGGACUGGAUGGAUAAAAAGGUUUAUGCAGCAUAUAGCAGUUUUCACCUGGAGCCAGAGAGUCAAUCUUACCGUCUGCGUCUGGGCAUCUACCAGGGUAAUGCUGGAGACUCCUUAACCAGUCACAACGGCAAACAGUUCACCACACUGGACCACGACAAAGAUGCCUUCCCAGGGAACUGUGCUCAUUUCCAUAAGGGUGGCUGGUGGUACAAUGCCUGCGGUCAGACCAAUCUGAAUGGAGUGUGGUACUCAGGAGGAGUUUAUCGCAGCAGGUUUCAAGAUGGAAUUUUUUGGGCAGAUUACGGAGGUGGUUUUUACUCCAUGAAGUCUGUGCGUAUGAUGAUCAGGCCGAUUGACUGAAGAAAAAGCACGACUAGGCUGCAGCUUUUUCUGCAUCUUAUCUAUGCAGGAUCUGUGGGGAAACACCAUGCAAAUUCAACAUGAUGUUUUAUUUAUCGUCUUGUCUGAGUCCCUAGGCCAGAAAAGCUGAAAUAUAUAACAGCUUUAAUAAAUAAUUUUUUGUAUGAAAAUCUUUUCCCCCAUUGUUUUAUUUUAUGUGACAGCAAAAUAGAUGGUUGGUUUUGAGGCAGUUUUGGACAAAAGUGACAUCGUUGUCAGAUGUUUUGUAAUU